AUGUUUCAGCACGCGAAUGUGUACCGGUCACGGUCAGCCGGUACCUCGGGUGAUGGCAGUGAGAUACGCUCCAGGGAGCGGGACCCGCUGCACAGGUCACACACCAACCUCGAGCUACGACAUGAUAGCAGCAGUAUAAACAAACGAUUUGGAUCUGAACCGGAUCUAAGAAUAGAAGAAGAACAGAAAACGAGAAAUGGAAAUAAACACUUCCGGAAAAAGUACAGAGCACCUCCUCCUCCCACCAACGACAACUUCGAAGGUUCGUCGCCUGAUUCCAGCGAAGGAAACACUAGACCUGAACCCCAGAGGAAACUAAGACUGUUCAAAACUAGAAACGAAACCAAAAAACUGAACGGCCAAGACAAUUUGCAGUUCAGAAAUUCAUAUCACGAAUACAAGUCACUCGAUAUGACCGAUAAUGCAGCUUUUGAACGACGAUAUCGGUCGCCAUGUAAAGAUAAGGAACAACACUUCAAGUAUCCUGACAACCAGGACAUGGUGCAGAGCACCGCCUCACUCAAGAGAGAGGAACGACUCAUACAAACGAAACAGGACUACAGGAAGACGAGGAUAGACAGGAUGAGCGGGUGUCGAGCGAAGACGUCCAAGACCGAACAAAGCGAAGCGUGGAAGACGCCACUACUAAACAGGAAUUUCAGGUACUCCGAGAGGUUCAAGAAAGAUGACAAUGAACUGCCCACGCUCAGAAGAGAGAGGACCUUCGAUGAAACUCUAAUGGCAAGUGAAAGAGAAAACGAACCCUCUAGAGCGGUCCAUGAGAGCAGGAUGAAAGCCAUCGGCGAACAACUCCGGGGGAGCAAGCUGAGCCCCCUGGCGGAGACCAGCAAACCAUUGAGAAAAUCUCUUCCUUCACUAUUGUUAAAAAAUAAUGAAGAAAAAGAUGAAUUUCAAGCGGAACUCAAAAAGGCUACGAGUAGAAUUAGAAAUCAAUUAGGCAGUAAAAUUAAUGAUAGUGAAACCAAAACUAGUCAAGAGAAGAAAGAGCAGAAGAGCCCAACGAAAAUACCGAAUAAAGUCAAAAAGUCUAGUCUAACAAGUGCUGCCAACAAGCCAGACACUAAGGUCGUCAGUAGGAGGCCUCUAGGUCGAGCUAACGAGGAUAAAACUAGACAGGCGAAUAACAACAUUAAUGCCAAGACAUCAGACAACAAAUACAAAGUGAGCAGCAAGGAGAACAGCCGCCCAAUGCCGGACAGAGGGCAGGCCUCCGGGAAGGAGUCCACACCUGAACAUUCACCCACUAGGAAGUUGGACUCCUUGAUAAACCCACCUCAAGAAAAGACAAAACAACAAGCUCCAUCGAAGCAGUUUUACUUCGGUAUGAUAGAGAGCAAGCAGACCAACACACACGAGCAUCUGAAGGACUUCCCAGGACUGGGUAGCCCUAUCAUCGAGGAAAUUUCGAACUUCCACCUCAUAGAACAAAAACUGCUCAACUAUCAUGAAGAAGACGCGGAAUUUGACAAAUUUAAUGCCAAGAUAAAAGAAGAGACUAAAGUUAAGAAUUUAUCAUCGGAAUCUGCACUAUCUUCAGAAGGCUCAGAGGGCUCAUGUUCAGAAGGUUCAUUGGGUAUCGCGCUACGCCUGCGACCCACACUACCCAAAAAGCAGCGUGCUGUGCCACGAUUCUCUCCUGCAGCAGCCUGGAGACAGCUAGCAUCAUUAGAUGAUCAUCUCGCCGCAGAAACUCAACCGUUAGCUGUCGAAACAAAGAUGGCAGGCGACAUAUCGGCUGAGUCGUCACCCCGGUCAGACCAGUCGGCCGACAAAUCUGGAGACUCAGGCAUCUCAGGAGAUCAUGCGCAUUCAGAUCACAGGAUAGACUCACCAUCUAGACAUCAUGCGCAAGACUCAAGUCCGGCAGCCUGGACACCACAGCAAGACCUGGGUGAUAGCAGUUCGGAUGGAGCAGGUGGUGGAGUUGCCUUACUAGGAGCUGGCCUUGCCACCUACAGUCCAGGACACCAGCCCUUCAGCCUGUCACUGCCCAGGGAUCAGCAAGACCGAUUUAAAGCGAUGUCGUGCUUCUACGAUUGCUUCCAGGGCAAACAGUUACAGCAAGGCUUCAACAGUCUCCAGAAACUUCGGAAGUCGGUAUCUGGUGCCUUAGGAGCAGCUUUAGGAUCUAGAAGGUUCGACUUGGAACAUGAACCGAUGUUACAAGAGCCGGAACAGAACUGGUUCCUAACGAAGUCUGCGCCUAAUUCCUUGACCAAUCCACUGAUGUUCCAACCACCUGCGAGGGCGAAGGGUUCUGAAGAAGAUGCUAUUAAAGAGGAAUCCUUACCAGCUUCGGAGAAGGAGGAGCUGGGCACGUGGCGGCCUGGUAACUCGUACUUAUCAUGGGGUGGGCACGUGAUGUACCUGCCUCCUGCUCCCGCCGCAGAACAGCCGCUGUCCAUGCUCGGACCCAUCGACAGGCCCGUCAGGAGCAAGUCCAGCGGUUGCCUGGAGGCAGGCGCACGGGCUGCGCGUGCGGCAUUAUGCGCGGAAAUGCGCGAGCGCGAGCGAUCCGCGUCACCUGAAGUACAACGCGCGCUGCCAGCGAGAGUACUACCAACCAACACUCGCUCCUCAAACGCGACAGGUCGUGGCAAGCGGUUCACAUUCCAGUCCACGGUGCGACAGCUGGAGAGACGGCGGCUGGCUGAGAAGCUGUCCAAGGAGGCUGACCUCAAGGAACAACAGAGAAGAACCGAGCUGGAGGCCAUGAGGAGAGUUGAGGAAGAGUUCCAGAGGAAGCGUGCGAGAGAGAAGGCGAAUAUUCGGCAACAGUUGCGACUGGUCAGCAGCGGCGCCAACAGCAUGCCCACACACACCACACAUCACACCAAGCCUCGUGAUUCUCCCGACGGUUCAUGUCGCGAGUCUCCGGCGCCAGAGCGCUCCCGUGACUCCCAGAGACACAGCAAUGCCUCAUCCGAGAUUAGCGGGCGCAGCAAGAGCUCCACACCUAUUCGCAGUGUAGAACUAUCAGCGUGGCGUACAAGUGGUGGAGCACGUGUGUACCGCGACUGGUCGGCUGCGCACGCACAUCCCGCCGCCUGCGCACGCAUGCCCAUCGCAUCCCAACAACUUUACAAUGAGGGCUCAGGCUCUGCGUUCAGCGGUAGUCCAGUGUCAGACAACUACCGACGCGAGUUUGCGCGCGGACGCAGCUCGGGCUCCCCGCUAACGCCGCGCGCGCCACGUCUCCUACCCGCCGCAGACCGGUCCACGUCUGGCUCUGAUCUAUCCCUGCGACAUCCCAUCAAGAUCAGUGAGCCGACUAAGGAGGAACCCGAACAAGAUGAGCCCGCCAUCGUCCCAACCCUGCGACCGGCUGGACCUGCCCGCACCGCUCUGCUCACUCACUGA